AUGGCCCUCAGCUUCAGAACAAGCCGCCAUGCCUCCAAAUUAGUCCAGGCGUCGCGCCCCUUGUUAUCGGCCCGACGCUAUGCGACCGCGGAGCCGGACCUGAAGACCACUCUGAAAGAAAUUAUCCCCGCCAAGCGGGAACUUCUCAAGCAGGUCAAGGCCCAGAGCGAUGAUGUUAUUGGAGAAGUCAAGGUGGGCAAUGUCAUUGGUGGCAUGCGCGGCCUCAAGGCCAUGCUGUGGGAAGGCUCCGUUCUCGACGCCGACGAGGGUAUCCGCUUCCACGGAAAGACAAUCAAGGACUGUCAGAACGAGCUUCCCAAGGGCACAACAGGAACAGAGAUGCUCCCCGAAGCCAUGUUCUGGCUGCUCCUGACAGGCCAGGUCCCCUCGACCUCUCAAGUGCGCGCGUUCUCCAAGGAGCUCGCAGAGAAGUCACACUUGCCUCCUCACAUAUUGGACUUGAUCAAGUCUUUCCCCAAGUCCAUGCACCCCAUGACUCAGUUGUCUAUUGCGGUCGCCGCACUCAACACCGAGUCCCAAUUUGCCCAGGCUUACGAGAAGGGUCUUAACAAGGCAGACUACUGGGAGCCUACUUUCGACGACAGUAUCUCGCUACUCGCGAAGAUUCCCCGUGUCGCGGCUCUGGUCUUCCGUCCCGAUGAGAUUGAUCUCGUUGGAAACCAGAAGCUUGAUGUGGCUCAGGAUUGGUCAUACAACUUUGCUGAGUUGCUGGGCAAGGGCGGCAAGGAGCACGAGGACUUCCACGACUUGCUCCGUCUGUACCUCGCUCUGCACGGUGACCACGAGGGUGGUAACGUCUCUGCUCACGCAACACACUUGGUUGGAAGUGCUCUGAGCGAUCCCUUCCUUAGCUACAGUGCUGGUUUGCUGGGUCUUGCCGGUCCGCUGCACGGACUAGCAGCCCAGGAGGUCCUGCGCUGGAUUCUGGCGAUGCAGGAGAAGAUUGGCACUAAAUUCACCGAUGAGGAUGUUCGUAACUACCUCUGGACCACUCUCAAGUCCGGUCGUGUCGUUCCCGGCUAUGGGCAUGGUGUUCUCCGCAAGCCCGACCCCCGUUUCCAGGCACUGAUGGACUUUGCCGAUACCCGCCCCGAUGUCCUUGCCAACCCGGUGUUCCAAUUGGUCAAGAAGAACUCUGAGAUCGCACCCAGUGUACUGACUGAGCAUGGCAAGACCAAGAACCCCCAUCCCAACGUGGAUGCCGCCUCCGGUGUUCUCUUCCACCACUACGGCUUCCAGCAACCCCUAUACUACACCGUGACCUUUGGUGUGAGUCGUGCUCUGGGACCUCUUGUCCAACUUAUUUGGGACCGUGCCUUGGGUAUGCCCAUUGAGCGCCCUAAGAGCAUCAACCUUUUGGGUCUCUUGAAAAAAUAA